UAAAAUGUCUAGACAUCAUUUCGCUUUUUAGUACAUGGUAUUUCUUCAGAACAUAAAAUUAGAUUCGCAUUAUUAUUUUUGCCCAAACGCUUGGCAUAUUGGCCACAUCGCGCUGCGUUCACUCUAAUUUGGCAUUUUAAAACCGUGCAGCAUACUCGGCUGCACUUGCAACUUUUCAUUGUUUGAAACGCAAUUAAUAUUUAAUUCGAGUAAUGAGUUUUAGCCAACGCCAACCAGAAUGGCACACAAUACCAGCGGUGGCGCUCAAUCACAUAUUCGACUAUCUGGAUCCCCGGGAUCGUCUGAACUCGGCGAGUGUUUGUUGUUCCUGGAGACUUUCCUUCUUUCAAAAACGCUACUUUAGAAACUUCCGCUUUCAUUUGGAUGUGGCCCGCGAUGAUCAGUUGGCCUUCUUCCAUCGAUCCAUGGCCAACUUGGCCAAGGAACUGAUUGUAAUCUUCGACCUUCAAAAUGCAUUUCACAUCCAGAAAAUGCGACGACUUCUAUACAAAGUGGCACGCUGUGAUAAUAUCCAGAAAUUGCGUUUCCAAACCCACAAUGUGGGCCUUGUUGCCAUCGGAAAUAUGCACAGUGAUCACUGGGCGGCCAUCGAACAGUGCUUUGUAGAACCGCUGAAGUUGCUUCUAAGCCGCAAGCGUCAGCCCUGUCAGAUUUUGGACCUUGGGGCCAUCGAGGCGCUCUCAUACUAUGGCCACGACUUCCUAAAGGCCAUGGGUAAGCCCCAGGAACUGCUGCAGCUGACACUGGCCAGCAUCAAGUACGAUCCUAGUCACUAUCCCAUCCUCACGCUGGACGCGACUCUGCUGCAGAAGUGCGCCGCCCUGCAGGUGCUAUCCCUGGACUACGACACCCUCUCCGACGAACUGCUGCACACCAUACAGGUGCUACCGCUGCGGAAACUGCUCAUCGCAGUGCACGGCCUGGACAGCGAGGAACAUCCCGACGUGUCGGAGACGGCCUGGUCCAACUUCUCGGACCACUUUUCAAGCAUUGAGCUGGUGCUGACUCUUGUGUACGCCUAUGAGGCCAUCGAACUGUUGCAGCAUCGCGUCCUGCGUAGAAACAUGCCGGUGACCCAUGUGCGACUGCUAUUCUGCGAGCAGAUGAACGCCGAAGCCCUGGACUGGAUGUCGGUGCACCACAGCGAAACGCUGCGCAGCAUCCACUAUGUGGACUCGGCGUACAAGCAUUCCAACCGCAUGGACUACGCUCGCCACGGCUACCUGCGCCAGGACCCAUUCGUCAUGAUGGCCUGGCGCUGCAAGCAGCUGGAGGAGAUCGUGGUGCACGGCUAUUUGAUGGAUCCGCACAAUCUCGUGGGCAUCGCCCGGCUUCGGGGUCGGCAGCUCAAGCGUCUAGAGGUCUCCAUGAUCGACUGGUCCGGCGCUGCUUCAAUGAAUGCCUACAACGAGGAAAUAAGUACCCUACUAGGACAACAGUGGUCGCCCAUCAACCCGGACAAGAUGCCGCCAACGCUGGCCUUCGACUACGAGUCACGCGAUCAGUUCGUGUACGAAAUGCUGCGCCAGGAUCUCAGCCAGUAAGUGGUCGAAGUAGGGACUCACUAAAAAUAACCAAAAAUUGAAGCAAAGUCAUCAAGUGAACGAAAGAAAAGCAAACAUGACACGUGAUCAACUCGAGCGCAUAGAAAUUAAUUUACAAAUUGCAAAACCUAAUUACGUAGCUAAAACUAAACCCUAAAAGAGAUAUGUAAGCAAAAAGAAAAUUCAACCGUUAUACUAAGUUAUCAAAAUUUAUAUAUAUGUAAACCAAACCUUUUGAUUGGCAAACAUUUUAUAGAAGUUAAAUUUCCUAAGUUCAUAGUCUUUGUAAUUAAAAUCGCGAUUUGCCCUUG